AUGCGACUCACGCCGGUAACGAAAAACCCUUCGGACAGACGGACACGGACCGCUGGAUCAACCCUCCCAAACGGGGCCGAUCGGGGCUCCGAGAGCGGAGGGGAAUCCCCGUUACUGGAAGGCGGCAUCGACCCCGUUUUUGUGACGGCGGUAAAGCCGUGCUACCGGGACAGACCCACCGACUCGGCCGGGACCUCCCGGGGGUUCUCUGCCGAACGAGAAGUGGAGUCCGCGCUCCGAAGAGACCCCGGGAGCCACCGCUGUUACCGGAGGACGCACGGCCCGAGCGAGCCGCGUUAUCGGGAAGCGGGCCGUGCCCGAGGACCGGAGGGGUCGAGGCUCGGCGGUGCCGGUCCGUCCCCUCCGGGUGCCUCGGGCCCUCGCCCUCCCUGCAGGAAGCGUCGCAAGUCCCGGACCGCGUUCACGGCGCAGCAGCUGCGGGAGCUGGAGCAGCGAUUUCGGCGGCAGCGCUACCUCUCCCCGGUGGACCGGGACGCGCUGGCGGCGCGGCUGGCGCUUUCCGCCGCCCAGGUCAUCACCUGGUUCCAGAACCGCCGCGCCAAGCUCAAGCGGGACCUGGAGGAGCUGCGGGCGGACGUGGCCUCGCUGCAAGCGCUGCCCCCCGCCGCCCUGCAGCAGCUGGCCGGGCUGCCCGAGCCCCCCCCGGGGGCUCCCGGUACCGGCACCGGGACCACAGAGCCCGCCGAGCUCUCCGAGGAGGAGAUCGACGUGGCGGACUGAGCCGAACACGCUC